AUGACAGAAGCCAGUCGUGAUCAUGAAUUGCUCAAAAUUGAUCCUGCAGAGGAACGCAGAAUUGUGCGGAAGCUGGAUUUCUGCUUGAUCCCGCUAAUGACAAUGUUCUACCUCUUGUCUUUCUUGGAUCGAGCAAACAUUGGCAAUGCUCGCGUAGCAGGCUUGCAAAAAGACCUCAAGCUCACAGACCAUCAAUACCAGAUUUGUGUCACGGUUCUCUACGUCCCGUAUAUCGCUGCAGAGCUCCCUUCCAACCUUCUACUAAGGCGGCUUGGGCCUAACCUUGUGAUGCCCACAAUCCUGACACUUUGGGGAAUGGUCUGUGCCCUUCAAGGCGCUGUCAAAUCUUAUGCCGGCCUGGUCACGAUUCGAGCCUUUCUCGGUCUGAUCGAGGGCCCAAUGUUUCCCGGGAUUGUGCUGUAUCUCUCUGGAUUCUACACUCGGAAGGAACUCUCCGUCCGCAUCGCCCUGUUCUUCUCCGCUGCAUCCCUUUCUGGUGCAUUCUCAGGUCUGCUUGCAGCUGCUAUCAUAAACAUGGACGGUAUGAGAGGACGACCAGGAUGGGCAUGGAUUUUUAUUUUGGAGGGAACAUUUACCUGCCUUGUUGGCCUAUGUGCCUUUUUCUUCACUCCAUCAACACCCCAGGACGUGCGUUUCCUGACGCAAAGGGAGCGAGAUAUUGUAACGAAGCGCCUUAUAUUGGAUCGUCCGACGACAUCGCCGCUUGAUACGUUCUCUUUCUGGCAAGUUUGGCGAUCCUGGUCGUCGCCUCAAGUCAUCCUAGUGUUCAUUGCGCUUUUCAUGAACGGCACAACACUCUAUGGCGAAAGGCUUGCUCUGUUCUUACCGUCCAUCGUAAACCAGCUCGGAUUCAGCACUACGCACACGCAGUUGAUUAGUGUCGGACCAUUUGCCGCCGGAUUUGCCGUGACGCUCAUUAGCUCGUAUCUUUCCGACCGACUAAGAAAACGUGCUCUAUUCGCAUCGAUAAAUGCUAUCAUUGCUAUGGUUGGAUUUAUUGUUUUCCUCCGUUCGACAUCAAAGAGCAUGUCAUAUGGUUCAUUAUUCCUUUCUGUAUCUGGGACAUAUUCAUUACCUCCUCUUCUCUCUGCAUGGAUGGCGAACAACUCGGAGCCACAUUACAGGAGAGCAACAAGUGUUGCCAUGGGUUUUGUCGCGACUAAUGCGGGAGGUAUUUUGAGUACAUGGAGAUAUCCAACAAAAAGUGCACCACGCUUUACGGAUACUACUAUCAUGAAUAUCGUCUUCUCGAUCCUCAUUCUCGUAUUUUCCGUCUUUAACGUUCUGUACCUUACGUGGGCGACGCGCGAGAAACACCGCAGGCGCGACGAGCUACUUGCCCCGUAUGUCAACAAGAAUGAUAAAGGUGCACCGCAGGAUGGUGGAGAUCGUGCAUGGACAGAGCUUGGGGAUAAGCACCCGGAUUUCCGAUACGCGUUAUAA